AGACUGCAUUUCCCAGGGAGCCUCCUGACGCCGCAUUUGCGUUGACCGCGUACGUCCGGAAAUUCGGUUGUUAGGACAAGUCGCGGUGCAGAAGGCUGCGCAGCAAGUCCAAGAGCGGAUGCUAAGUGCGCGAUCGGCCCGGUGCCUGGUCUCCAUGGCCACGCGCGCGUGUGUGUCUCGUGGCAGCGCGGGAUCGGCGGCUGGCGGGCCAGUGGAAGCCGCUAUUCGCGCCAAGUUGGAGCAAGCCCUGAGCCCCGAGGUACUGGAGCUGCGCAACGAGAGCGGCGGCCACGCAGUCCCAGCAGGCAGCGAGACGCAUUUCCGCGUGGCAGUGGUGAGCUCUCGUUUCGAGGGGAUGAGCCCCUUGCAACGCCACCGGUUGGUCCACGAGGCACUGUCGGAGGAGCUGGCUGGACCCGUACAUGCGCUGGCCAUCCAGGCGAAGACCCCGGCCCAGUGGAGAGAUAACCCACAGUUGGACAUUAGCCCCCCUUGCCUAGGUGGAAGCAAGAAAACUCGAGGGACUUCUUAAUGCCCAGAUUGGGAGAGCAAGGAUCCAAAUGAGUCGACUGAGAAUAAACUGCUAUAUCUCUA